AUGGAGACAUGUGCUCGUGAUGAUUAUGGAAUCAUUAAUCAGGAUUUCUACACUGCUCUGGAUCUUAGUAAUAUUAACUGGAGAGACUGCACGCUACCCUGCCGUUUCAAAAAGAGUGGUGAAGCACAGGUGAUACAGUGGGUAAAGUGGGAAAAGAAUGUGCAUUCCUUCUAUGAAAAAAAAGACCAUCUAGAACAUCAGGACCAAGACUACAAGGGGAGGACAGCCCUGUUCAAAGAUCAGAUACACAGUGGAAAUGCAUCUCUCCUGUUAAGAGAGGUGAAUCUUCAAGAUAAAGGCACAUACACAUGCUACGCCAGAUACGACUCAGACGGUGAUAACAACUUUGUAGCAGUUACUGUGAAGGCUCCAGUCACAUCAGUGGAUAUCAAAGAAACAGAUGAUGAGGUUACAUGCAGCUCCAGUGGAGUGUAUCCAGCUCCAUCAGUCUCCUGGUUAACUGACCCCUCGUCAAGUCAAGACAUCUUGAAAGUGACCAAAAACAACUCAGUGGAUCAGCAGGGUUUGUACUCUGUGAAAAGUACACUCAAGAAAAUCCCUGGCAACUCCACUGCAUAUAUCUGCUCUGCUACUUCCGGUAGUCAGAAAUGGAUUGCCUCCUUGAGAAAUGAAGUGGAAAAGAACAUUAAUGAAACACAGACUCUGAGUAUCCAGUGCCCUGUCCAUCAGUCAGACUCACAGGACUUUUCCAUCACCUGGACCUUCAACUCCACAACUACCAUUGUGAUCUAUGACAGCCAAACACAGGAGCUAAAGAAGUCUGACCAGUGGAAGAAUGUAGUUAAAACUGUGACAGGAGAGGGGACUCUUCAACUUCAAAACCUCAGAAGCACUGAACACUCAGGAACAUACACCUGUGACAGGACAGCAGACAACAGCAGAGACAUAGUGCACACUUGUGUACACAUCACACCUUCUCAAGACAAAGACCAGCUAGAACAUCAGGACCAAGACUACAAGGGGAGGACAGCCCUGUUCAAAGAUCAGAUACACAGUGGAAAUGCAUCUCUCCUGUUAAGAGAGGUGAAUCUUCAAGAUAAAGGCACAUACACAUGCUACGCCAGAUACGACUCAGACGGCGAUAACAACUUUGUAGCAGUUACUGUGAAGGGUUGUCUGAAUAUACAUGUGCUCAUAAUGAUUAUGGAAUCAUUAAUCAGGAUUUCUACACUGCUCUGGAUCUUAGUAGUCUUAACUGAGGGAGACAUUCACAUUAACUGUAUCUACUCCGAAGGCUGCAUAUUGCCCUGUCACUUCAAAGAGAUUGUUGGUGGAGAGGUGCUUCAUUGGAUCAAAGAUCGCAAAACAAUACAUUCCUUCUAUGAAGGCCAAGACCAGCUAGGACAUCAGGACAAAGACUACGAGGGGAGGACAGCCCUGUUCAAAGAUCAGAUACACAGUGGCAAUGCAUCUCUCCUUAUAAAACCAGUGGAGCUUCAAGAUGACGGCAGAUACAAAUGCUACACCAGCAAUGACAAGGGCAACGAAGAGAGCUACGUUUUGGUUGCCGUGAAAGCUCCAGUCAAAUCACUGAAUAUCACAGAAACAGAUGAUGAAGUUAUGUGCACCUCUGGAGAAGUAUAUCCAGCUCCAACAGUCUCCUGGUCUACCGUUCCCUCUUCAGACCAGGAAAACUUGAAAAUGACCACUGAAAUUCCAGAGGAUCAGCAGGGUUUGUUCUCUGUGAAGAGUACACUCAAGAAAAUCCCAGAUAACUCCACCACCUAUAUCUGCUCCAUUACUUCCAGUGGUAUGUCACUAUAG